UGCGAGGCUCUGGUCACUUCUCUCGGCUUUCCCCUCGUGCGCGACGCCGGCUGGUUGUAGGUACAAGCCUCAUGCCCAUCUUCUUUUAUUUCUUGACCUGCCACCACCACCACCACACUCGCUGUUUCUGCUUCGUCUUCGCCAGCAGCCAGCAUCUGCAGGCUCAUCAUUCACAAUGGCACCCCAGCCAGACACGAUCACUAGGUCUCCAGACUCAAACUCCACCGUAUCUGCAAUGAGCCAGACGAUAGAAAAGGAACCCAAGACAAUCAACUUGACCGAUGCCGUUGAAGUCGACACCAUUGCCAACGACCUUGGCGCUACCGAAGAUGACCUCCUCGAGGCCAAGGAUGUUGCGGCCACCUUUACGCUGGAGCGCUGUCGAAAGCUCAUGACCAAGGUUUAUCAACAGCAUAAGAAAGAUCCAAACUUCCCCAUUAGUGUCAUCCAAAGAAUCGAAGAGUUUCUUGCAAACCAAGACAUCUUCGACAACCCCGAAAACCAUGAGCAUGAAAUCAACGAGAUGAAAAUCGAAGCGGCCCUCAUCACCGGCAACUCACCCUAUGCCGAGAUUCGAGCCGUUGUUCCCAAGGUUGACGACCCCAACAUGCCCUGUUCUACCAUCCGCGCAUGGUUUCUCGGCUUUAUACUCUGCGGCUGCGUUGCUUUCAUCAACGGCUUCUUCGAAAUUCGACAGCCGGCCAUUUUCGUCUACGGUACCGUGCCACAGCUGAUUUCUUACCCGCUCGGAAACUUUUGUGCUUCCGUCCUGCCCGACAUUGGCUUUACUCUCUGGGGUGUUCGCCACAGUCUGAACCCUGGCCCCUUCAAUAGAAAAGAGCACAUGUUGGUAACCGUCAUGUCGACUGUUGCAAACACAGCGCCAUACACCAAUGGUGUUGUUUGGAUCCAAGCCCUUCCUGGCUAUUUUGGUCAAAGCUGGGCCAAGAACUUUGGUUACCAAAUCUGCAUAGCCCUCUCCGCAAAUUUCAUCGGCUAUGGAAUGGCAGGUAUAUGCCGCCGUUUCCUCGUCCACCCAUCUUACCUCAUCUGGCCAACAACUUUGGCUACCAUUGCUCUUAACAACGCUUUUCACACGACCUCGGAUGAGCCAGUCAAAGGUCCGUUUGGCCGCGUAUGGCACAUGUCGCGAAUUAAGCUCUUUAUGAUUACAUUCGUUGCCAUGUUCUUUUACUUUUUCUUACCCAACUACUUAUUUACUGGGUUGAGUCUCUUCUCUUGGAUGGCCUGGAUAGCUCCGGAUAAUGCAGCCCUCGCCACAAUCACUGGAAGUACAACCGGCCUUGGCUUGAACCCCAUUGUCACGUUUGACUGGAAUGUCAUGACGGCUCUUACACAGCCACUGCUUUAUCCGCUAUUUUCUACCCUAAACUACUUUCUCGGGGCCGUUUUUAGCAUGAUUGUCAUUGUCGGUUUAUACUACACCAACACCUACUACACUGGCCACAUCCCGAUUAACAUGAAUCUGCCAUAUGACAGAUUUGGAAAGGUCUUCAAUGUUCGCGCCAUUGUGGAUGAGCGUGGCAUUUUCGACCUUAAAAAGUACCAAGAGUACUCGCCUGCAUAUCUGUCUGCUGCGGUAGUCACCGUCUACCUCUUCUUUUUUGCACUUUACGCCGCAACUCUUACAUACACUGCGCUUUAUCAUUGGCGCGAGAUCGCCCUUGGUUUUAAGGGGUUGAUGCGAGAUAUGCCAUGGAAUAAGAAGAAGGACGAGGACGAAACCGAAGAAUUGACCAUGGAUAUCCAUAAUCGCCUAAUGAGGCAAUACAAGGAGGUGCCCGAAUGGUGGUACCUCAUCUGCUUGGUCGCCUCCGCUGUCAUUGGCAUGGUCGCCAUCAGCCACUGGCCAACGAGCGCAAGCCCAGCAGUUGUUGUGGCAGGUCUAAUUAUGUGUGCCAUCUUCAUCAUUCCCAUCGGCAUCAUUUACGGCAUGACUGGCCAACAGGUCUCUCUUAAUGUCCUGGCGGAAUUCAUUGGUGGUGUGAUCUUUGAAGGAAAUGCCAUUGGCAUGUCGUUUUUCAAGACUUAUGGCUACGUCGUAUGCCUGCAGGCCUUGACGUUUACAAGUGACCUCAAGAUUGGACAUUACUCAAAGAUUCCCCCUCGAAUCAUGUUUUGGGCACAGAUGGUUCCCACUGUGGUUUCUACGUUUGUCUGUGUCGGCAUCAUGGUGUAUCAGCUCGACAUUGAGAACGUCUGUACCAAGGAAGGGCCUUUUCGAUUUACCUGCCCCAACGAAAACACUUUUUUUACUGCUGCUGUUCUUUGGGGCACCAUUGGGCCUAGAAAGCUCUGGGGUCCUGGUGGCAUGUAUACGGCCACGCUGGCAGGCUUUCCGUUCGGAUGCGCCUUGGUACUUGCCUUUUGGUACCUUUCCAAAAAGUUUCCCAAUAACAACAUUCUUCGAAAUAUCCACCCUGUCAUUAUUCUUACAGGAGGAAUCUCGUGGGCUCCGUAUAAUCUGAGCUUUAUUUGGCCAGCUGUCCCUAUCGCCAUGGCAUCGUUUAUGUAUGUCAAAAAGCGAUGCUUGGCAUUUUGGUCCAAGUACAACUAUGCCUUCUCUGCUGCCUUGUCGGCUGGUGUGGCUGUCUCAGCCCUCGUACAGUUCUUCGGCCUUCAGUUCCAUCCCGUUAACCUCCAUUGGUGGGGUAACGACGUCCUACGCAGAGGAUGUGAUGGUUCUGGUGAGUGCGUAUACUUGCCUCUAGCUGCAGGCCAAUCGUUUGGCCCAAGCACAUGGUGAGCAGGAGGCGUAGGAUGCCUCAUCAUUGUGACAUAUGCAUGGUGCUGGUUGCUAUGCUGAUGUAUAUACGAUUAUGGAUUUAAUAGUGUUGUGUGAUGUAUGUUGGAAAAAGCCAGACGACAGACUUGAUCUCAUAUUUUCUUGGAUAUAAUUAAAAUAAAAUAAAGCCAGUAUAUAGCAAAAUAUCAUCUCUCCCUCA